GCCGUGAGCCGCACGACGCCCAAAUCCUUUUCCAACUCGUCGUGAACAAUGACAAGGCUCAAUGAGGCCGGAUCUGUUUGCCUGGCCAUUUCCUGCCACACUCGCGCCACAAACGGCCCCGAGACAUUCAUCAGUGUCGGCGACUGAACGAGUGUGUAUUUUGGCCCCCGAGAGACCAGGCAUUUGUGGCUGCCCAGGGUCACCUCGCUGAAGGCCGGCUGCCGGAGAACCUUGGCGAGGCCACUCAGGGCAAAGUGUCCAGCCGAGUGCAGGCUUUCGUAUUUCGGGAGCGGAUUUCCCAGACUGACGACCAGGAACCGCGGGUUGAACAUGUCGACGCGCUGGGAAUGAAUCUGGUGACAGCGGCUUUGUCCACAUUUUACUGGUAAUCGGCAAAGGCUAACGCGAGAUCACGUGACUGGACAUGUGUGGCGGAGUGACGGACGGUCGCGGACUGCGCCUCACCCACCACUGACGUAGCUGAGACGGUUGGGCAAACAUCGUGGCCGCGUGCGGACAGCCAGUCGCCUUGCCCCGUCACCACCACCACCCCCUCGCUGACCUAUGCGGCGCUUGGCACCUGCAUCCUAUGCGGCCAAGCCAGGAACUCGACCGCCUCUCUGUUGAUACAUACCUAUCCGAUACUUUGAAGACACGGCAGCCAAUAUGUCGUGGGCGGGGUUCAAGAAAAAUGUGAACCGCGCGACGACGCAGGUGAUGAUGAAGACGGGGCACGUCGAAAAGACAAACGACCGAGACUAUGAACUGGAGGAGAGACGGUUCCGAACAAUGGAGGCGGCAUCGCUGCGACUACAAAAAGAGGCAAAGGGCUAUCUAGACUCGCUCAGAGCAAUGACGGCAUCGCAAAUGAGAAUAGCCGAGACGAUAGACGCCUUCUACGGCGACUCAGGUGCCCGAGAUGGUGUGAGCCGGAGCUACAAGCAAGCCGUCGAGGACCUCGACGCUGAGACCAUCAAGGCCCUCGAUGGGCCCUACCGGACGACUGUCCUCGACCCCAUCACGCGCUUCUGCGCCUAUUUCCCCGACGUCAAUGAAUGCAUCAAGAAACGUUCGCACAAGCUGCUUGACUACGACGCCCUGCGGGCAAAGGUCAAGCGCCUCGUUGAGAAGCCCGACAAGGACGCCACCAAGCUGCCCCGCACGGAGAAGGAGCUCGAGAUGGCCAAGGCCGCCUAUGAGCAGCUCAACGAGCAGCUGCACUCGGAGCUACCGCAGCUGAUCGACCUGCGCGUGCCCUACCUCGACCCGACCUUUGAGGCUCUCGUCAAGAUUCAGCUGAGGUUUUGCGCCGAGGCGUACUCGCGCAUGGCGCAGGUACAGCAGUACCUCGACGCCGACACCAGGGAUCAGUAUGCCGAGGGCCACCUCGACGCAAGGGUGGAGCAGGUUCUUCAGGAGAUCCGCGAGUUGAGCAUCAGCGGCACGGUGUAAAUAUAACGACAUGGUAAAACAGAAUCAGAUUAUGAGGUACGGGCCAUGAACGUGCGAUGAGGGCGUCGAGGAUGGGAUUGUGGAGCGGCGUUUGCAGCCAUCGCCAUAUUCGGUUUCUCUGUAGACAGUUGCGAAGCCUAUGGACACCUAGGACAUGGCUAGGAUUACAUUCUCCUGCUUCUAUGGAGCCGCAGGCGACCUUCUUGGUUCCAUUGACAUCUUCGAAAUCACACAUGAAGUGAGGCGGGUGGU